AUGUCGAUUUUUCAUCUCUACUAUGUGCUUAAAUACAUCAGCAACGGCCAUAUACAAACCGAUCUCUACUAUUUGGUGUUUAUGUAUCCAGUGACAUCAUUGUGCGGUACGAUUGGUAUGUAUCUGCCGCGAGCCGCUCCAUUUCUCUAUUCUGUGGCACUUGUCUACUACAUGUUAUGCCUUUUCGUCGUCAUUUCCCUUCUAUUCAACAUUUUCGGAACACGAGAGCAAAUGGCUGAUUAUUUAAAAGAGAGAAAUAUUCCGAUUAGUUUUCAGGUGACCCCAUUGUGCUGUCUGAAAUGUUUGCCAAAGUUGCCGCCGACACAACGUAAUCUCCGUCGCUGUGAGUGGAUGGUUUUUCAAACGCCACUCGUGCGUUGCGUUCUCGAGGUGGCCAAUGUUGCUGUAUUUCUCGAGUUGAACUCAAGAAAGCACAGUUGGUUUGUGAUGUCAAAUCUGGUCGGUCUCAUCUCGAUGUGCGUCGCGUUUUACGGUUGUUAUGUGCUUGUGCCAUUGGCUAGUCUUCGCCUUCAAGCUUUCCGUUUCGGGGUUCUCUUUCGAAUGGUUGACAUCUCACAAUGUUUAUAUACUAUACAGAAAUUUUGUCUUGAUUUGGCGGCAAAUCUUGAGUGGAUCGAAGGCGAUCAACUGAUGGGAGCCACAGCGAAAGCGCAAUUCUGGACGUCAUUUAUGUUGACAUGGGAAAUGUUGGUUCUCUCGUUGAUCUCUACGCAUUUGAUGAGACCCGAGAAGUCGGCGCUGUUUGAUCGG